AUGAAUCGUCUCCCCUCUGUUUCUAGCCUCAUGUCACCCCCCGAGACUAAACCCCUCGAGACCUUUUCGGCCUCGCGUUCCCCGUUUGCAAAGCCUCGAGAUUCCUCCAUUGGUGACAUAAAGCUUCCACCUAUCUCAGCUGAUCGAAAGCGGACGCAGUCAGAGAUGGAUCUUCCAUCGCCACCUGUGACCCCGUACACAGGGAACAAGAAAUCCAAGUCACAGGCAUCCGACCCAGUCGAAAGAGACGGAUCCUCAAGGGAUCCCGUUCUCUUUCCUCGCCAGGACUCCAUUACUGAUGUUACUACCGAUGAACCGCUUUUCGGUCCCGUCAAUCCAACUGCAGAGGCUCUCAUGGAGCAGCAUAUUAAUUCCCACAUGGCGAGGUUUGCAAACAAAGUGAAUAAACCCACCCGGGGUGAAUAUCUCCUGGCGCUCUCCUGUGUCCCUAUUGUCUCGACUCAGUAUAACCGGAACCCGGCUGCCUGGGCUCGCGAGGAACGGGAGACCUUGGAGCGUCAGUUGGUCAUGAUGAACCGCUACCGCCCAGACGACGAACCCAAGUUGAAGAAGAUUGCUCCUGCCUCAAAGAAGUUGGGAACCCAGCCGCGUGUGCAGCGGACCCGAGUCAAGCGCACCCCCAAAUCUACCCCCAAGCAACAGCCACGUGCCCUAGGCACCAACCGGGAUGACACUGAUUUCCAUUCCCUCCCGGACUUCUCGCCUCCGCUGGAAACGCUAGGCAGUAAUGCUAAAGCGCUGAAAGCCGAUUGGAAAGGGCAGAUGUUGGACCUGAGCAAUGACCCGGACAGACAUCUUCUCAGUCCCGCCGAGCUCAACCUUGCCUCCACCCUUAGACUUUCUUGUGCCACGUACCUCUGCAGCAAACGCCGCAUCUUUGAAGCUCGGCUUCGAGCCCUCGGUGUUGGCAAAGAGUUCCGCAAGACAGAUGCUCAACAGGCUUGCAAGAUCGAUGUCAACAAAGCUAGCAAGCUUUGGACUGCCUACGAACGUCCUGGUGGCAAUUUCAUGGGCCAGGGAAUGCACAUUCAUGACCCCGAAUCUCCUCUCCCAUGGGCCGACAAGUCCACUCUCUCAGGCUGA